GCUGUUUGUAACUUUGCUGCCUCGGUCGCCGCGGUCCCCGGGGAGCGGGCUCCGGCGCUCGCUCCCAUUGGCCGCCGCUGCGUCAGCUGGUGCGAUUUGCUGCUGUCGCUUUUGGCGUUCGGCCAUCCAGAAACAAACCAGUUCGAUGACUACUAAUAGUUAUAGCCAGAUGUACUAAUACACAACAAAUCACAGUCCUGCAGAGGGGCGCGCAAAUGAGUUCCUAUUUUGUGAAUCCCACUUUCCCUGGGAGCCUGCCCAGCGGCCAGGACUCCUUCUUGGGCCAGCUGCCCCUCUACCCCGCCGGUUAUGACGCGCUGAGGCCCUUCCCGGCCUCUUAUGGGGCGUCGAGUCUUCCGGACAAGACGUACACCUCACCUUGUUUUUACCAACAGUCCAACUCGGUCCUGGCCUGCAACCGGGCAUCCUACGAGUACGGGGCCUCAUGUUUCUAUUCUGAUAAGGACCUCAGUGGCGCCUCACCCUCGGGCAAUAGCAAGCAGAGGGGCCCCGGGGACUACCUGCACUUUUCUCCCGAGCAGCAGUACAAACCCGACAGCAGCAGCGUUCAGGGCAAAGCCCUCCAUGAGGAAGGCACCGACCGGAAGUACACGAGCCCUGUUUACCCCUGGAUGCAGCGGAUGAAUUCCUGUGCGGGUGCGGUGUAUGGGAGUCACGGGCGCAGAGGCCGCCAGACCUACACGCGCUACCAGACACUGGAGCUGGAGAAGGAAUUCCACUUCAACCGCUACCUGACUCGGAGGCGCCGCAUCGAGAUCGCCAAUGCGCUCUGCCUCACCGAGCGCCAGAUCAAGAUCUGGUUCCAGAAUCGGCGCAUGAAGUGGAAAAAGGAAAAUAAACUCAUCAAUUCCACACAGCCCAGCGGGGAAGACUCGGAGGCCAAGGCGGGCGAGUAGACUCCAGGGCAGGAGGGACCAGGCCAGCGUCCUGACCUCCAUUGGCUUUGCCCCCUGGCGCCUCUGCCUGCUCCCUAAGUUUCUUCCAGCCUGCUCCCGGAUGCUUCCGCAGCUUAGGGAAAUCCAAGGCUUUGCAAAUGUCUGCACAUUUACUUAUUACAGAAAACAAACAAAACAAAAGCUCAUACACCCAAUGUCAGCUGUGGGACAGACGCACUGUACACACACACAGGUUCUCUCCCCAAAGCUGCUCGAGCCAGCUUGGGAGUCCCGAGGUGCACCCAGAAUUGGCCCUGCUGCUGCGUUAGCGCCUCUGCGCUCCCUGAGCUACAGACACUGGGUUGUUAGGGGAAGAAAGAGCCCCAGGCAAUGCCUGGUUUGGUGUCUGUGUUUUUCCACCUUGGUCCCUCGCCAUCAAAUCUUGAAGGGUAUCGCCAAAUCGGCUCUGGCUACUGGAAAGAAAGGGCCUAAGAGCUGGGCCCCAGCCCUGUCGCAGCCUCUCAGGAUGCCCCUAAACAAGAAGCUGGAGGAACAAAGGGGAACUCCCUUCUUCCCCGACAGAACCAAGUCUUUCUGCUGGCGCAUGACCGUCAAUGGGAGAACCGCAGCUUCAGCCGAGGAGAUCCAACCUGGGCAGGAGUGGAUAGCCUCUCGAGCUCCCGAUCCCACGCCCUGCCUCGUACAGUUUCGGCGCUACCACCUAGUAGCUCUCGGGACCAAAAGAGGGGACCUAGGACCAGGGGAGCUGGAAGAGUCCUAGCUUCCACACGUGCCAAGGACGCCUGUGAUGCCAGGCCUCUAGUAGGGAGAGUCUGCUUGCCUCUCAGCUACGUUUGUGAUUUACUUUGGUCUUUCUCGGAGUCCAAGAAAAUAGCUACGGAGAUACUAGGCACUGCCACGAAAUGAUUCCAUUAGUUCCCGCAAUUUAUUCCUGGAGGUUUAAGCAAGACCCAAAUAGCUCUACCCACGGAUCCCAGCUUUCAAAUAGACUCAGAGGCUGUAGAGAGUCAGGGUCCACUCUCUGGGUUCACCAAGAACCUUGCUACCUGGGGCCCGGCUGGCUGGAGGAACCGGACCAGGGAUGAAGACAUUCCGGGCUGGAUAAAUAAUCAAAUCAGACAACAAACUAAUGAUACGAAAAACAUAUUUACACGGAAGAAAAAUCGACUCUGGUUAUACGAAUGUAUGGAAUUUGACCUCGCCUCGGAGAAACACUACACAAAAGCUGUCUUUAAUAGACGCCUGUCGUUUAAGAGCGGCAGGGACUCUGUCCUUCACAUGCUCACAAAAACAGAGCCGUAAUUGUGGCUGCUGCUGUGGGCAGGAUUUAUUUCUUCCAUUGGCUAAAUGUUCUUCCCUUCCCCGAAGGUGAUAUCUGUGUUUUCAAAAUUCACAGCUGCGGGCCGGACGGGCAGAACCGACCCCAACCUCUAUACAAAAAUAAGAGGGUCUACAAAGCCAGGGAAAUAAAGUUGUUGUAAAUAUUCCAA